UCAUUGUAGCGCCAUAGACAGGAGAGAAGGGAGGGAAGAAGGAAUAGUGGCAGUGAGAGAGUGAAAAAAAAAAAAAGACCGCCAGGCGCACGAUCCAGCACUGAGAACCAUCGACGAGGAAGUGUAAUUGAACCUGCGAUGUGGAGGGAGGAAAGCAGCCCAUCUCUGUAGUUCCCGGAGAGAGCGUCACCCACCAAAAAACGCGCAGACUGGUGACAACGGCGUACAGAGAAAACUAGUGAGAUGUCAAGGGAAUAAAAAUCAGUAAUCAUGUGCCUUAUUGGCACCGCAUCGGUGCCACCACAGCGGUAAGGUUUGUGGAGGGAAGGAAAGAGGGGGAGGAGGGGGAGGAGGAGGAGGAGUAGACAGCCUGGCAGACAGGUGCGACUCCACAGCCUGUUUCAUUUUCUCUCGGUCCCAGUUAAGUAACAGAGCCAUGGAUACCCGCAAGGAAAACAAGGUAAGGAAACAACCCAUGAAACCCAAAUCGACAACGCGGAAAGAGAAGAAAUACAAAACCGGGAGGUUUAUCAGGAGAAAAUCGCUGCGAUCUUUUGGGAAUUUCAUGGGAAGGAUCCUUAAAACUUUGGGCACUUUGGCACACUUUGGCGACGCGGAACCGCCGGACGCAGAGGACGACGACGGCGGCUUCGGGCAAAGCGCUUCGGGGGGGUUCAAAGAGGACUGCCCGCAGGUCUCCUCAAGGGAGGGAACCGCGAAGAAGAGCUCCACGGUGUCCUCCUCUCACGGCUCGGUGAAAGAAAGGCUGUCGUGGUGCUACGGCGACAAGACUCCCGGCGUGCUGGGACUGAAGAACCACGGCAACACCUGUUUCAUGAACGCCGUGGUUCAGUGCCUCAGCAACACGGACCUGCUGGCCGAGUACCUCGGGCUGGAGCAGUACAAAUCGGACGUGUGCCACAGGAGGGUGAACGGGGAGGUGAAGGGAGAGGAGACGCAGAGCGCCAGGGGAGAGGUGACCGAGCAGCUGGCGUCGCUGGUUCGAGCCCUGUGGACGCUGGAGUACACGCCGCAGCUGUCUGUGGAGUUCAAGAGCAUAGUGGCCAAAUACGGUUCCCAGUUUCGGGGAAACUCUCAGCACGAUGCCCUCGAGUUCCUCCUCUGGCUUCUGGACAGAGUUCAUGAAGACGCCAGUCCCAGCUCCAACAAUAACAGCAACAGCAGCAGCAGCAACAGCAAGACCAAAGCCAGUGCCAAGGGACCCAGGCCUUUGGACGAUCCUUCCAGUCCCAGUUCAGCCAGCUCACAGCAGCCUAGAGGUCGACAUAGUUUUGUCCAGGAACACUUCCAGGCUCAGUACAGGUCCUCUCUGACGUGCCCUCAUUGCCUUAAGCAGAGCAACACCUUCGACCCAUUUUUAUGUAUCUCCCUGCCAAUCCCUCUACGACAAACCAGGCCGAUGUGUGUGACACUGGUGUUCAGUACGAAGGGUCAGAGGUAUCUGCGGGUAGGGCUGGCUGUACCUCUCUUUGGUUCACUGUCCUGCCUGAGAGCCAUGGUGGCAGAGGAGGGCAACAUCUCCCCAGACCAGGUCAUCCUAUCAGAGUUGUACUCCACGGGGUUCCAGCGUUCCUUCUCAGAUGACGACGACCUGACGGCAAUUGCCGACAGUGACGUGGUCUAUGCCUUCCAGGCUCCUCCCCUCUACAGUCGCGGAGGCUCUGCACCGCACUCAGGGUAUCACCACAGCCUCCCCUCCUCCCCCUACACCUCCACGGCUGGACCUGAUGGUCAGAGGUUACCUUCGUCUGGCACCCUCUCCUCUGAAUACCUGAACCAGGGCGGAUCCACAAAGGUCCUCCUCCUCAUCUGUAACACAGCAGGAUCUGGCCAGCAAGCUGUCAGGUUUGGACCUCCAUUUCUUAUGCGUGAGGACAGGAGCAUCUCCUGGGACCAGCUGCAGCAGAGCAUCCUCAGCAAGGUCUAUUAUCUGAUGCUGAAUGGAUCUCAGGCUCAGAACGCUGGGGUGCUGUUUAAGAUCAGAGUGGUGGGAGGAUCUGCAGCCUACAGCUAUCUGUCCCCACAGGACAGCAGGCCACUCUACCACUCUGCAGUUGAUAGAGCGCUGAAGUUCUGCGGCCCUGGGGGACCUCCCCACGUAAAGCUUGUCAUUGAGUGGGACCACAAGACUAAAGAAUGUUUGUUUGGCAGCAUCCAGGAGGAGGUGGUGAAGGAUGCAGAGAGUGUGAGGAGCCAGCAGCAGCAACACCUGCAGCAGCAUAGCUGUACCUUGGACGAGUGCUUCCAGCUGUAUACCAAAGAAGAACAGCUUGCUCCAGAUGAUGCCUGGAAGUGUCCCCACUGUAAACAGCUUCAGCAGGGCAUGGUGAAGAUGAGCCUGUGGACUCUCCCUGACAUACUGAUCCUCCAUCUUAAGCGCUUCAGACAGGUGGGCGAUCGAAGGAAUAAGCUGUCAACCUUGGUGCGAUUCCCACUGACUGGAUUGGACAUGGCCCCCCACAUGGUGAAGAGGAGUCAGAGUAUGAGGAACCUGAACCUUGGGGCCUGGCCGCCUUCCUGGAAGCAGCCCUCAGGACACCACCAACCUGCUGACCUGACCCUCCCACAUGACUAUCAGUAUGACCUCUAUGCUGUGUGUAACCAUCACGGAGGAAUGCAUGGAGGACAUUAUACAGCUUACUGUAGGAACUCAGUGGAUGGCCAGUGGUACAGUUACGAUGAUAGCAGCGUCGACCUGGUGCCAGAGGAGGAAGUAUGUACCAGAGGAGCUUACAUCCUUUUCUACCAGAGACGCAACACCAUUCCCCAAUGGUCUGCCAGUAGCUCCAUCAGAGGCUCCACAAGUUCAUCAAUGUCAGACCACUGGCUAAUUCGGCUGACAGUGGACAGUAAGAGAGGCAGUCUGGUGUCUCGGUCCUCCACCACCUGCCCAUCUUCCAUACCUGACUCUCCAGAGUUGCCAGUCUUCCUUGACGAUGGUUCUAAAGAGGAAAGGGGGGGUUUUGAGAGCAGGCCAUUUAUCAGGGGUCUACAGGGGCGCAGCGUGAGCAUGAGAGCCCCCAGCAAGACCAAGGACACCCUGAGCAAAGUGCUUCCCAUGCGCUGGUCCUUUGGUUCCAAGGACAGACGAAAACCUGACCCAGUGCCUCCACCGGUCCAAGAUCCUGCCCCUGUGGAGCUAGUGCAGUACUUGGAAUCUGGCCGACGGCCCCGGUGCACGAAGGACCCAAUAGUGACGUUAAUGAGCGAACCACGCAGUGCAAAGGAAUCUGCGGAGGGCCGUGCUGCAGCCAAUUUCCGAUCUUCCAGUGUUGGGAGUAUAAGCUGUGUUGGCAAAGCAGGAGAUGAGCUGCCGCCAGAGUCUCCACAGGUCCCAGAGGGCCAGAGGAGGCCAUCAGAUAAGACAGCCAGCCUGAGGCGCAGCAAGGGGAGCCAGACAAGAGAUGAAAACACCUCAAAUAUCAGCAUUAGCUCUAGCAGUAACACCCUCACUAGGAGGAAGGAUGCCAGGAAGCAGAGCUCCUCCAAAGCCUCCCAGGACAGUGAGACAAAAAGGAGUUUCAGUGGUGGAGUUCAGCCAAGCUACAGUACACCCAGCCUGCAUGAUGGGACCCUGAGAAGACAAAAGGGAGACAGGGCUGAUAAGGAACAUGCAUAUGAAGGAAAUUCUAAGACCAAAAAAGGAGAGGUGCCCAAGAGCCAUGAGGGACUGCUCUCUUUCUUCAAAGGCAACUUCUUAAAGAAGGAAAAGGACCCGAGGAAGUCCAAAGAAAGUGAGUCAGGGAGAGGAGGAGGUGAGGAAGGAGGCAGAAGGACCCUGUCAAGACUGUCACUGUCUAACGGAGCAGCAGGAGGCAGAACUGAGGUGGAAGGAAGCAAGUCUAAUGGCUCCAGCCAUCUGGGUGAUGAGCUUGCAAAUGGGAAAGUGGGACGCUCGGCAGCUGACAUCAAACGCUCCCAGAGUUCCUCCAACAUCCCCACCAAGUCAGAGCAGAGCAUGCGCAGAACAGCGUCUUUGCAUCGUAACGGCAUGUCAACGGCCCCGGCACCAUCACGCAGCCUGACAACAGACAAACCGUCGUACGGCACCCUACAGAGGACUCGUUACAGCACAACCUCGCUGGGGCGCAAAAGAACAGUCCCCGAGUCGAGCUUCUGACAUAUAUAACUCAUCCACAUACACACAGAGCCUUUUAUCCUAUAUGAAGUGAAUGACGUCCAGUCUCUGAGAUUAAAGCAAUAGAGUUAAAUUCACAGUGAUACGCCUUUUUGUUCCUAGGAAAUGAACACGCUCACGUGGUUUGCACCAUGGCAAGAAGGAGCAAAUGAAGAGUCUUUUAAUGCUGGGAUAUAAAGAGCAGAAUGAUGUGACGUGUCCAUCAAAUGUCAGAGGGAGUCCAUCUCUAUUCUGUUUUUUUUUUUUAUCACUAACAAGUGCCUGAGAAACUAAUAUGCAGUUUAGACCAAUGAGUUCAUGUCUUUCUAGCACUGGAAGCACAAAAACCAUCUCACACACAUACACACACAAACAAACGUAACAUCUGCAUUAUUACUCUAAUGUGAGUGUUGGAAUUCAUAUUUCCAUUUUGAAUUCUUAUGGUUGUUCACUUACAAUCAAGACACAGUGAUUGUGUUAUUUUAAAAGAAUGUAAUGUGUCCACUUGAUUAACGGUGGUGCUUUGAGGCUGCAGUUUCUGAUUAACAUCAAUUAUUCAUCAUUAAUCCUUUGUUUAAUGUUAAUUUAAAGUAUGGAUCACAGAUGGGAAGGCAUGGAAUACAAAGCAUAGAUUUGUCCCCAUGUGACCCAUACUACAGUUGUUGUUUAUUCUAUUUUAAACCUACAAUGGAAAGACUAAAACAUCUAACUAUAGUAACUCUCUGGGUAGGAGUGGUAUUCUGAAGAAUUUCUGGCCUGGGUCUCUUAAGUAUGAAUUGGCCAAGGCAAUGAAUUUCUACCAGGACCAGUAGCACUUUAUGGCUGGGCCUGACUAAUCUCCCUGUAGUGCAAAGGAAAUGGACAAAAAUACAUUUGUAUACUGUGAAGUAUAAUAUUAAUGCAAUAUCCACCCUUAGAGAAUGUUUUGCGCCUUUGAUAUAGCUUCAUAUUGAUUGCAUUCCAGAGAUUUUUUUUCUUCCACUUUUGUGGAACACUUUAUUUUUUUAGUUUGUUAUUUCCUGUGUUUUCAAGAUUUGUCAUUUAGCUGUGGGAAGAUUAUGAUCACAAUUAACACACCAAGUGUUAAGCUUCUCUCCUGACUUACAAUGCAGAAUGUGGCUAUAUGACAUGCUGUUCUAUUUAAUCUAUAGUUGGUAAAAAGAAAAAGAAAAAAAAUCUGCCUCUUCUGUAAUUUUUUGUUAAAUGGCAGCUCAAGAAAACUAGCCUUUGCUCUUUGAUUGUGAGGAAUUUUCACCUGAAGCUGGCUAAACUGAUUUUGAUUUUUGUAAUCAAGGUUCACUAUAGAAGCACUGAUAAUACUGCAGCCUAACACUGUCUACACAGUUAGUAAGAGAAAUACUCCGCAAAAAAACACCAAAAUGGAUGCAAAAACGAAAGGUGUUUCAGUGUUUUAUCUCCUAGGUGGAACAACCCAAUCUAUGGAAGAUUUAGAAUGCCUAAAUGAAAACAAAACAAAACAAAGAAAUAAAGUGAACUGUAGUGAGAGGGGAAGAAGGAAAACACCUCUAAUUGUAGUUCAUAGAAAACAAGCUAAAUAAUUGUGUUGUAAACAAAUGUUUUUAUGUAAUUAGUACAAUCACAUGUAUACCUAUAAAGAAAAUAGAAGUGUCAGUGUACAUUGUAUUUCAUUUUAUUUCUUUUGAUGUGAUCGUUUGGUUUCUUUUAAUUCAGGCAUUUUAAAUCUUCCGUAUAUUUCAGACAGAAGUCAGAUCUAGCAGUUCCUCUGUGAACCCAGGAUUAUGAAGGAUCUGUUGUGCACUUUGUAUUUUCACAGCUUAAAGUAUUAUGAAAAAUAAGGAUGGUGUCUAUAUUUGCAAGCUUAAUUUAUGUCCUGCAUACUUUUUAUUUUGGACUUUAUGGUGGAAUAUGCAGGCUUGUAAUUAUUUCUGCUUACUUUUACGCUAGCUUUUUUCCAUUAUCAACUUGCUUUAUAUUCAAAAAUGUUCUUGUUUACGUGGAAGAAAUACACUGUAGACUCACACUCUCUUACGUUUGGCCCCCUUGCUGCUUCAGUCAGAGCCCCUGGGUCUAAAGCAAUUCCCUGAAGGUCACUUGCAGAGUGUUAAUUUUAUUUUCCUGGCCCAGAUGUCCCUAGCCACUCCAUUAAUCCAAAUUCUGAUUGUAUUAUAACAGAAUAACAGGCCAGCUGGAUUGCCUCAUUUGCUGCUGCAGUGAUGUUGAGAUGUUCUGUAUAUGUGUACAGAAAUUACCCAUGAUGCCUGCCCAGGCUCUACCCAUGUAUGGCCCUACAUUUGGAUAUUUAAUUUGCACUUCACACAUUAGGGAAUGCUUUUGAUUAAAUAAUGUUACUAAUGCAUACUAAGAAUGAAUUUUCUUUCAAACUGUUUACUCACAGGCUUAGGUGUAAAAUCUGUUAUCUCCACACUAACAAUAAACACAUUAGAAUAUUGAUCCUGAACCUUAGUAGCCAAUAACUGAAAACCUACAAUAUAGGUUCAUCAAGGUAUAUACAUAUAAUACAACAUAUAACAUAAAAGUACUGGGUCAGCCUUAGAAAUAGUUAAAUGAAUAUAACUCACCCUGAUACUACAGGUUAUUAUUGAAGUGGAAGAAGAAUGUCUCUCCAUUCGAAACAUCAAAAUGAAUAUACACAGUCUCUGUUCAUCUGCUGAAUUUUGUAGCCUGCAGCUGCAUAAAUAGAGAAAAGAGCUCAAUACUAUCUAAGCAUUCAAACACUCUCCCUAUGGCCUUUUAAAUUCUCUCUUCUCUCAACCUUGAAACCUGAAAACCAACGUACAAGGUAUCUCAAGAAUUUGUAAUGUACUGUAUGUAAAGUGACUACAGUUACUGGGUUUACAGUAGAUCUACUACUAUGUGCAUUCAUCAUCUCUCUUGUUUGCAAUUUGAAGAUUCACAUCCGCUGAAUUAUGUCUGGUCAUACAGAAGCAUAUCUGAAUGCUUUUGGUUAAUAUUCAUAUUUGAAUAUGGGAUGCCAUGCUUUUUUCGGUCUAAAUAUGAAUGAUGGCAAUGAUAAUACUAGACAAAUGGCUCUGAGCAGUAUUACAGUUGACUUUAGAGUAAAUAAGCUUAAAUAAGUCCUUUUCAUUGGAAAAUGUUUUUUAAAGAAGCCUGUAAGUCUAAAAUCAAAAAAGCAAACUUUAUUAUGAAAGCCAGUUUUCUAUGCAGAUUAACAGUGUGUCACUUUUAUUUUACACUUUGAACACUGGAGUGAACAUUUUCUCAUAUUAAUUACGAGGACACAAGCUACUCUCGCUUAAUUACUAAAUCUCUGUUUCAGUUUCUUCAUCUUUUUGUAUUCUUUGCUUUCAAUUAGCUGUGUUAAAUUUAACUUGCUGAUUCAGAAAACCUUGAUGACAAAAUUGCCCAAAAUGUGACAAGAGCCCAGUGAAGAGAUAUACGACAAAAGGUUGAAUUCUUCCAGUAAAUGUUUGUACUUUCAGCAGCACCCAUACAUUUUCUUAAAAAGGUGCCUAUUGUCUCCAGAUGCAUGGCAUCAUCAUUUAACUGUUGUGCACUUUGAAUCACUCUGCAGAAGAAGAUCACUAUUUUUAAUAGGUAUCUAAUGUUUAUACUCUCAUCACAUCCCAAACCAAAAAGGUAAUUAAUCUUGCUGUAGGCAGUAGUCAUAGCUUUGGUUAAUAAUGGACUUAAUACGCGGCUGUACUGUAAAUCAGAUUUUUAAGCUUUAGUCAUAGGCAUUUUUUUUCUAAUGCUUUCUUUCUUCAGAAUCUUUUUUUUCUUUUAACGAAUGAGUAAAAAAUGUUUGCAAGUGGCAGUUCAACUACUGAAACAAUGUACUGAGUGAUACACCUGGACAAACACAAACCACACAAGAACACACUUCAGUCGUACUUUCAUAAAGCCACUUUCAUGUGACUAAGCAAUAAUAGUUGAAUGUCUCACUCAUUAGUGUUGUUUUUUAAGUUUGAAGUGCUAAACAAAAUGGAAGACUGAAAAAGUCAAGCACAGCAGCUUUUAUUCUCCAGAUAAAAAGUUACUAAAAGGUCAGAUACUUAGUUUGUCUCUUGAAAUGUCAAGAGGGAUUGAUGGUGGAUUUGUCUUGACUGGCGCUGCUGUUAGUCUGCCCUUGAUUAUGAGUUUACCAAACCAUCUAAAUGGAAGUAGUAUGAAUGUUUGCUGGAACGUAGUAAAAUAAAAUAAAUGCCAGCAUUUAUAUUGCUGCUCUGUAGUCUUGUCCACACUGAAAAUGUGUGCUUCUUAAUUAAAGUGUGAAAAGUAACUUUUCGUAGACUCCUGUCAGAGUGACAGAACGCCCAGGGCUAUAUUUGACAGAAAGCAGGAAACUCACCUUGAAACUUGUGGAAUGGUUUUCUUCCAACCUCAUAUAUCUGAGCAAACUUUAUUUUAUAAUAUUGCUGAUAAUUCUGCUUACAUACAAAAUGUUAUUUAUGUUGGUCAAAGCUGAACAUCCCCCAUCUCUUUUCAGUCAAUUGCAGUAUAAUCUAGUGCAUAAAACACCAGGUCAAAGUGCAGUCUCUUCCCUUCAAAAGGGCAGAUAAUCACUGCUACAGAGUGAAUUAAAUUCACUUGUAUGUUGUUUUUCUAUGAGGACAAAGCAGUUAAUUGUAUUCAUGUAUGCAUUUAUGUAUUUGAGAGAUCGAUUAUGUGUUACAGCAGGACAUGGAGUUUAAAUAGGGACACAAAGUCUGUAUUUCAUCAUAAAAUUUUCAAGUUUGUUUCUGUUUCUGUUUUCUUUCCAUUGCCUAAUCCACAUGCGGCCACACACACACACACACACACACACACACACACAGUGUUUACUCUGCCAAACUGAGCACUUCUGUGUUAACACAUUUUUUGUCAAAUGUGGGUUGAAGAUGUUUUUAUAUGCAAUUUUUCUACAUUUUAUAAAAUAUGUGUAUAUAUUUGUGGAUACACACAGGCAGAACUGAGUGAGAGAGAAAAUGAAUAUGAAUGAAUAAAUAAGGUUAUUAUCACUGACA